AUGGCUGCAGUAAGCAAAACCAAACAUAUGAUCGAGGGUUUUGUAAAAGACGGAUCAUUGAAAUGGUUGAAUAAAAGCCAUAACCCAUUGCAUGAUGAGUUUGAAGAGAUUAAAAGGUCUUCUUCAUCUAGUAAUAAAAAAUGGAUCAACGAUCUAUCUGCAGUCGCAAAUGUAGUUAUCCGUCGAUGUUCAAAAAUCCUCCAUAUUUCUACGGAUAAGCUUUGGGAAAACUUUGAAGCAGAGGCUUCUGAUGUAACAAAACAUCCAAUUCGAUAUGCUCGAAAUUUCCUGGAGUUUGCCUGUUUUAGGGCUCUUUCUCAAUCUACGCAAGUUAAUGGUUAUAUGGAGGACAAAAGGUUUCGAAGAUUAACAUUUGAUAUGAUGCUUGCUUGGGAAAUUCCAGAUUCUGCUAGCCAGCAAACCAUAAAUAUAGAUGAGGAUCCAACAGUGGGAAUUGAGGCCUUUUCAAGAAUAGCUCCAGCUGUGCCUAUUAUUGCAAAUGUGAUAGUCAGUAAUUAUAUUUUUGAGUUUCUUACUGCAUCCACUGGAGGCAGGCUUCAGUAUUCUACAUAUGAGAAAUAUCUUUCUGCAUUGGAAAAGUCUAUUAAAAAACUUAAAUCACACUCAGAAUCAUCUUUGCUUUCAUCUCAACGAGCUAAAAGAGGGGAAAGGAUUCUUGAAGUAGAUGGAACAGUCACCACACAACCUGUUCUUCAACAUUUAGGGAUCUCAACUUGGCCUGGUCGAUUAACUCUGACAGAUCAUGCAUUAUACUUUGAAGCUCUUCGUGUUGUGUCAUAUGAUAAGCCCACAGUUUAUGAGUUAGCAGAUGACUUGAAGCAAGUAGUCAAAGCUGAGUUGACCGGCCCAUGGGGAACAAGACUUUUUGACAAAGCUAUUCUCUACAAGUCAAAUUCCUUAUCAGAUCCAGUUGUAAUGGAGCUUCCGGAGCUAAAAGGGCACGCUAGACGCGACUAUUGGCUAGCAAUUUUGCGUGAAGUUUUAUACGCUCACAAAUUCAUCCGAAAAUUCAAGAUUAAAGGAGUCGAACGCGAUGAAGCCUUACUAAAAGCAAUAUUCGGCAUUAUCCGAAUGCAAGCCCUAACUCACAUGAACUCCACAAUCCCCUUAUGCUACGAAGAAGGUCUUAUGUUCAAUGCGUGUGAUCAACUGCCAGGUGGCGACCGAAUACUAGAAACAAUCGCAUCGAUGUUGACUUCGAAAGAGCCGGAACGGAAUAACAACAACGGAGGUAAAUCCGGUAACGGAAAGGGAAUGUAUUCGGUGUCGGCUACCACCAUGGCUUCGAGCUUAGGGUCUGUGUUUGGGGCAAAUUCUAAUAAUCAGUCGUUGAUUACUGUUGGUGAGAUAACUGUUGGGGAGAUGACUCCAUUGGAGAAAGCCGUUGGUGAAUCUAGAAGCAAUUAUAAGAUGGUGGCUGAUGCACAAGCGACUGUUGAUGGAGCUAAAGUUGAAGGCCUUGAUACGAAUUUAGCUGUUCUUAAGGAGUUGCUAUUUCCUUUAAGCGAACUCGGGUUUCAUCUUUUGAGACUAUUGUAUUGGGAUGAGCCGACAAAGUCUUUUACAUUCUGUUUUGUAUUUACAUUUAUUAUCUACUGGGGAUGGCUGGCUUAUGUGUUUGCGUUAUUGAUCAAUUUUUUUGCGAUCAAUAUGGUGAUGACACGAUAUUUUAGUGGACGACCAGUUGAUGAACUAAGAGUUGUAGUGCCUCCAUCAAUGAGCAAAAUGGAGCAGCUUUUAGCUGUCCAAAAUGCAAUUUCUCAAGCUGAAGAGUUAAUUCAAGAGGGAAAUGUCGUUCUUCUUAAAAUACGUGGCCUCUUUUUAUCCAUAUUUCCACAGGCAACUAAUAGAUUUGCGGCUGCACUUGCGGGUUUUGCUUUAUUUUUAACAUUUGUACCCUUUCGAUACGUGCUUCUAGUAAUGUUCUUGGAAGAAUUUACAAAGUACUCGCCAAUGAGAAAGGCACAAACCGAAAGAUUCAUGAGGAGAAUGAGAGAGUGGUGGUUUAGUAUACCAGCAGCUCCUGUUUUACUUGAAAGAGAGGAAGACAAGAAAAAGAAGUAA